ACCCGUAGGUCGGAUUCUCUGGAUAAGGCACCGGAAGUGACCGCCUCGCGGCUGCUUCCUCUCCUGGAGUCCAGAGUGCCGCUGCUCCGCCGCGAUAUUCAGUAAACCACUGGGAGUCCGGCAGCAUGGAGGCAGCGCGCCCUCCCCCGACGGCAGGGAAGUUCGUGGUGGUCGGCGGCGGCAUCGCGGGCGUCACUUGUGCGGAGCAGUUGGCUACUCACUUUCCAUCAGAAGAUAUUCUCUUGGUAACAGCUUCUCCUGUUAUUAAAGCAGUUACAAAUUUCAAGCAGAUUUCUAAAAUAUUGGAAGAAUUUGAUGUUGAAGAACAAUCAAGUACCAUGUUAGGAAAACGCUUUCCCAACAUUAAGGUUAUAGAAUCUGGCGUAAAGCAACUGAAGAGUGAAGAACACUGCAUUGUAACAGAAGAUGGCAAUCAGCACGUAUAUAAGAAACUCUGUCUGUGUGCUGGAGCUAAACCAAAGUUGAUAUGUGAAGGAAAUCCUUAUGUAUUAGGAAUCCGUGAUACAGACAGUGCUCAGGAAUUUCAGAAACAGCUUACUAAAGCUAAAAGAAUAAUGAUCAUAGGGAACGGUGGUAUUGCACUUGAGUUAGUGUAUGAAAUUGAAGGCUGUGAAGUGAUUUGGGCCAUUAAAGAUAAAGCUAUAGGGAAUACUUUCUUCGAUGCAGGAGCAGCUGAAUUCUUGACUUCAAAGCUCAUUGCUGAAAAAUCAGAGGCUAAAAUUGCACAUAAAAGAACCAGAUAUACAACUGAAGGAAGGAAAAAGGAAGCUAGAAGCAAAUCUAAAGCAGAUAAUGUAGGCAGCGCAUUGGGACCAGAUUGGCAUGAGGGCUUGAAUCUUAAAGGAACAAAAGAGUUUUCUCAUAAGAUUCACCUUGAAACUGUGUGUGAAGUAAAGAAAAUCUACCUUCAGGAUGAGUUUAGAAUUUUGAAGAAAAAGUCCUUCACUUUUCCAGGAGACCAUAAGUCAGUUACAGCUGAUACAGAGAUGUGGCCUGUCUAUGUGGAAUUGACCAAUGAAAAGAUAUAUGGCUGCGAUUUCAUUGUCAGUGCUACAGGAGUUACACCAAAUGUAGAACCUUUUCUCCAUGGUAACAGUUUUGAUCUAGGAGAAGAUGGUGGCCUGAAAGUGGAUGAUCAUAUGCACACAUCCCUUCCUGAUAUCUAUGCUGCCGGUGACAUCUGUACUACAUCCUGGCAGCUGAGCCCAGUCUGGCAGCAGAUGAGGCUGUGGACCCAGGCUAGACAGAUGGGAUGGUAUGCAGCAAAGUGCAUGGCUGCAGCGAGUUCAGGAGACUCUAUUGACAUGGAUUUCAGCUUUGAACUGUUUGCUCAUGUGACAAAAUUUUUUAACUAUAAGGUUGUACUGCUGGGAAAAUACAAUGCACAGGGCUUAGGUUCAGAUCAUGAAUUAAUGCUGAGAUGUACCAAAGGACAAGAAUACAUCAAAGUCGUCAUGCAAAAUGGACGAAUGAUGGGAGCUGUCUUAAUUGGUGAAACUGAUUUAGAAGAAACAUUUGAAAACCUAAUCUUAAACCAAAUGAAUCUUUCAUCAUAUGGAGAAGAUCUUCUAGAUCCAAAUAUUGAUAUAGAAGAUUAUUUUGACUAAAAAUGGAAUUUCUUCAGGAAUCAUAUAAAGUUCCAAAUGACACCAGAAAAAUCACAAGUCAAUAAAAUGAAUGACUGUAUUGAGUUAAUGAUGACCACACUGAAAAUUACAGAAGUGAUAAUGAUAUUAGUGGAAAAAUAUAAAAACAUAAAUUCUAAGUUUGAAAUCAGUUCAAAGUUUAUUUAUAGAUAUAUCUUUCCAAUACAACACUGACCGCUUAGAUAAAAAUCUUAAGUUAUUUAUUUCUGUGUUUUAAACAUAAAUAUGUUUACUUGUGAUUUAGCUUUGGAGCAAAUUUAGGUAAGUUAUCUACUUAGCCAAAUGUACUCUAGUAGACUAGAACCAUUCUUUGUGAAAUGUCAAAAUAUGGCUAUGGUUUCAGGAACUUUAAAAUCGGUUGUAUUUUACUUUAAAUAGAGAUGUAGCAAUAUCUCGUUUGCUAAUAUUUAUAUUGAUGACUUACUCCUUUUUUGUUGAAUUGUACUUCUGGUUUUAUAACCUGAAAUCAUCUACAAGCUUGUCCAACUGUAGCCCACGGGUCUAAUGCAGCCCAGAACAGCUUUGAAUGCAGCCCAACACAAAUCUGUAAACUUUCUUAAAACAUGAGAUUUUUCUUGCAAUUUUUUUUUUUUUUAAGCUCAUCAGCUAUCGUCAGUGUUAGCAUAUUUUAUGUGCGGCCCAAGACAAUUCUUCUUCCAAUGUGGCUCAGGGAAGCCAAAAGAUUGGACAUCCCUGAUCUACAUAUUUAACUUAAAGUAUCACUCAGUGAACUUCUGUCAGUGUAAUAUUGCUUUCAAAAAGAUGGUUAUGUCAAAAGAAAAAAUACAGCUAAGUAUAUAAAGGCAUAAAAAACUUAAGACAAUUAUAUGAACUUAUUCUCAAAUAUUUUACAUUUUUUGUAAACUUUCUUAAAACAUGAGAUUUUUCUUGCAAUUUUUUUUUUUUUAAGCUCAUCAGCUAUCAUCAGUGUUAGCAUAUUUUAUGUGCGGCCCAAGACAAUUCUUCUUCCAAUGUGGCUCAGGGAAGCCAAAAGAUUGGACAUCCCUGAUCUACAUAUUUAACUUAAAGUAUCACUCAGUGAGCCUUGUCAGUAUAAUAUUGCUUUCAAAAAGAUAGUUAUGUGAAAAGAAAAAAUAUAGCUAAGUAUAUAAAGGCAUAAAAAACUUAAGACGAUUAUAUGAACUUAUUCUCAAAUAUUUUACAUUUAAAGGGUUUUACAUAAAAAUUUUUCCCUUGUUUUAUACUGGAAAAUUAUAUAAUUCAUGAUCUCUAAUUUUCAAACAUUCUCAAAAGUUUAGAUCUUCAGAGAUAAGCUCUGAAAAUAUAGAUCCAUACAUAUAAAAUAUCUAUGAAAUUCUUUUAAAAACUUGUCUAACUACAAAAAUAAUGGCAUAUACAUGCAUAAACCAUCUUUAAUUAGAAAAUUUAGUAACAUUCAUGUCAGGCAUCAUCGAUUUUUCUUUUCUUAGCUCCUGUAUUCUUAGAACCAGAUUGCUGAAGCAUGUUUGCAGCCUUCUUCUGGAAGUUGCCUGAAUUUUUUUCCUCCAUCUUUUUAUCACCUUGUUCAGAAUGACAAGUUUGAGACGAUUCAGCCUACAAAAAAAAAAAUAACAAAGCAAGCACCUUGGUAAAAAUCCAGCUAUUCAGUUUUCUCAUGAGAUUAAAUAUUUCAAAAUAUUCUUUCUGUAUCAGUUGGCUUUUUAAGUAUACAGGGGUCUAGUUUUUUAUCUACAAAUUUCUAUUCAAAUAUGAGCUCUAUUUUGAAUAAAAGGGGCUACGUUGUGAGAGAAGUUCUAAAGACCUCAAAUGUCCUUAGACACAAUGGCACUUGACAUGCUUUUGCAGACUUGAUAGUAUUUGGUUUAAAACAGUGGUUUCUAACCACUGGAACAGCAGAAACAGACUUCUCAACUAUUAGUAAUCACAACCAAAUAAGAGCAGAGUGCAUAACAAAAUUAGAUAUUCAAACGGAGUCCUCCCACUCCAAGAAACUGGAAACCCCUAGUUUAUGUUAAAAGGCCAGUCUAAAUUCUUUCACUUAUAUCUUUACAGAAAACUAUAUUUUCUCUCUUCCAUACCCAGAAAUCUAAUCAGAAAACUGACUUUUCUCAUGUUCAACUGGACCUAGGGGAAUAUGACAGAAAAGCAUCCCAUAGGCUUUAAUAUACUUUUUAAAAUAUAUAAAACAAAAUUAAUAGCCAUUUACCCUGAAGGAGUUCUGCGUGGACUUUGUCACUUGCAUAGUAAUAGCAUGUGCCUCAUUGUUCAGAAGAUUAGCUUUAGGUCCUAUUUUCAAAUACGAAAUGGUAGCAUAAGCUGUAAAACUGUAGUCUUCUCUGCAGAAAAUAAAGGCCAACAAUAAGAAAGCUUUUGAAGGAAUCAGAAAACAAAUUUAUAAAAGAAAUAACUAUAUGCGCAGUAAUUUUUAACACAUUGACUUGAAAUAAUAAAAUUUACAAGAAUGCAAAUAAAGUCUUUAAAGAAAA